AUACACUUGGGGCAUCUCUGGGGUCAUCGAGGAGAACCGGUUUUCCAUCUCUUGUCUGGGAUUUGGUGGAAUUGCUCGUCACUGUCACCGGAACCAUCGCACAGAGUCUCAUUUCCGGAAGAAUUACGAUGCGAGACCGAUGCGAGACCGAUGCGGAUGGCUCUGCCUGACAAAGGAUUCUUAAGGAAGCUCAUUCGUCUAAGCGACCUAUGAGACAGACUUGGGCAGUUCUCGAGACAUCACGUCUUUUGGUCGGUUUCGCAGCUUAUGAGCCCUAUGGGCUUCCCGCCUUUACUACUGAUGGCGGGUAUCUUCUCUUUCGCCUUGAUUGUCUUCCUUUCCAAGCCUCGAUUCUGGAGGCAUACGCAUUCCGGAGGUGGGCGUUCAUGGGCAGCAGCACGGCCUGGGGAAAGGGAGGGCAGGGAGGAACGACUAUUUCGACACCAGUCAGGGGCCUGCAUGACCAGUUUGGGGGCAGUAAUUUUGUUUGGUUUCUCUUUUCUCUUUCCUUCUUCUGCCCCUCCUGGCCAUUUGUCGCCGAUCUUCACUCUCAUAGCGUCGAAGCGCUUCCCUGCAAAAUACGGGGGCGUCUUUCUCGUAAACCCCCCAUCUUCUUGGCCGUCAACUCGGUCUCUGCAGGGGAGCAAGAUGCUCUUGCUGGCACAGUGGGCGAAAUGCGUGAAGGACGAUAGGCAGGAACAGUGAGGUGGGGUUUUCUGGUCAUGAUGGAGAUUCUGACCCCGGGACGUCCCACUCUGCCUCGCUCGAGCGGGAGAGUCAUAGCGGAUUGCGAGCAACAGCAAGCUACUGUUGUUGCAUCGGCUGCUAAGUGGCCAGAGAAGGAUGGGGGCUACUUAGCUUUUAACGA